UGCAUUUGUUGCUGCUUUAAAGGAAUUCUGUUUGUUUACAGGUGUCAGCUGUGAUGCAUGUUUAAAAGGAAAUUUUCGUGGCCGACGAUACAAGUGUUUAAUUUGCUACGAUUACGAUCUAUGUGCAACUUGUUAUGAAAGUGGUGCAACAACGACAAGGCAUACAACUGACCAUCCCAUGCAGUGCAUACUAACAAGAGUAGAUUUUGAUUUGUACUAUGGUGGAGAAGCUUUCUCUGUAGAGCAGCCACAGUCUUUCACUUGUCCUUAUUGUGGAAAAAUGGGUUAUACGGAAACAUCUCUUCAAGAACAUGUUACUUCUGAGCAUGCAGAGACAUCAACAGAAGUGAUUUGUCCAAUAUGUGCAGCAUUACCUGGAGGGGAUCCAAAUCAUGUCACAGAUGACUUUGCGGCUCAUCUGACACUGGAACACAGAGCUCCUAGAGAUUUAGAUGAAUCCAGUGGUGUUCGACACGUACGUCGGAUGUUCCACCCGGGCCGGGGUUUGGGAGGCCCCCGUGCACGCAGAUCAAACAUGCACUUUACUACCAGUUCCCCUGGUGGGCUUUCGUCUUCUCAAAGUUCGUAUUCUCCAAGCAAUAGAGAAGCUAUGGAUCCUAUAGCUGAACUUUUAUCUCAGCUAUCAGGCGUAAGGCGUUCUGCAGGAGGACAGCUCAACUCCUCUGGCCCUUCUGCCUCUCAGUUACAGCAGCUGCAGAUGCAACUGCAGUUGGAACGACAACAUGCACAGGCAGCAAGACAACAACUGGAGACUGCACGUAAUGCAACUAGACGCACCAACACGAUCAAUGUCAACACUGCUAUGACACAAUCUGCAACAGCAACCAACACAGCUAACACAGAAAACAGUCAGCAGACUAUCCAGAAUUCCCAGUUUCUUCUUACAAGGUGA